CGCUUGAAAAACAGGAUCGUAACCGAGCAAUGCUAUGGUAGUCAGGGCACCCAGCGCCACCCAGUGACUAGUAUUCUUAUUAGAGAUGGUUAUGUGAGAGGGACACUGGUUAAAAAAGGUCACCUAAAUCCAAACUUCCACAACAAAGCUAAACUCCCAAGGGGAUCUCUACUCGCCGCAUCAAACUGACUAAACGUAGCCUUAGAGGGGAGGUACAAACUCACAAACGACGUCUUCAUCACUAUAACCGCUGAGCAAAGGGGUCUGAUUUUGCGUUUCUACGGUACCGGAUACGGGUACUUACUCCGCGAGCUGCGCGAAGACAAGAACCCAUCAGAACAAACAGGGUCAGAAAAGACAAUGACAUUCGCCCAACCCAUGACGGAACUGAUACCGACCGGAGUUGAAGGGACAAACAGAUUGAAGGUGGAGGAUUUUGUGGUGGUGUUCAAGAGGGCGAAGGCGGGUGGUGUAGAGUGGGAGGGGUUUGAAUGGAAUUUUGCGAGGGGUAAGACGCUACGUGAACGAAGAGGGGACGCAAACCCGUACGUUUGGCGCCGGGUCAGGGAGAAAGGGGCUUAGAGUAAUAAGGUAAGUUGGUUGUAUUACAGAAUGUGGACGUGGGUAUCUCUAAUUACGUUAUAUGAGUACCUGUAAAGAUGGUCAAUAUCACGGGUGGACUCGACGUUGGGUAUGGAUAUGGAUA